AUGGCCGCAAUCAACGACGACAAAUCUGCGUCUAGCAAAAGCUUCAUUAUCAACCACAUGAAUGCGGACCACCAGAAAUCGCUGGCGAUGUAUCUCCGCGUCUAUUGCAAUGUCGCCGAUGGAGAAGCCAAAGCCGCACGGUUGGAAGACAUCACUCUGUCUGAUCUGUUCAUCAGCGCCAAGGGCAUCCGCUAUAGCGUGCCCCUAGAUCCACCCAUGAAAACAUUUUCCGAUACUCGACAGCGCGUGGUGGCAAUGCACAAGGAGUGUCUCGAACGGCUAGGGCUCUCGGAUAUCAUCAUCAAAGAAUAUAGAGCACCCCGAGGCUGGGAGGCGAUAAACUUUGCCGUGGUCGUAGCUACGUUAAUUGUGUUCUCUCGGGGCAGCAAUUUCCAGCCAGGGUCAUUGCUCUACGAAACAGCUGGUCUUGACAGGUUCCCAGCAUUCACUCGGUUUUGCCACACCGUCCAGCCCAUCCCAGGUACGCUUCUGCUGGGAAUUCAUGCUAUAGAAGUGGUUCUGCUGGCAGUGAAGCGCUUGAAACCUCACGGUGUGCCAUUUUUGUCUGGUGUAUGGAUUGCGUGGGUAGCCACCAUUAUGAUUGAGGGGGUAUUUGCAUUCCGGAGAUUUGACCGGAUGGUGAAGGAAGAGCAAGUGAAGAAGGAGCAUCGCAAGUAG